AAUGAAACUGUCGUUGUCAAACUAUUGUGCUAUCUUUCCAUUCGUGUCAAAAUGUGAGGACAAGAAUUGAAUUGAUUCUGACCAUGAAGGUAUGCUAAAUUUCAGGCACAACGGUUCUGCCUCUAAUGGAUUACUCUCCGACAAGGCUUGUAUCAGUUGACGGACUCAAAAUGUUGGGCGACAUGACCACACCCAGAUGGCCUGUCAAUUCCGGUGAAAACAGAACGGACGAAAGUUGACUUGUCCAUGAUACGUGGCAUGAAAUGCUUAUGGGAAGACAGGCCUUAAGAUGUGGUCAUCUAUGCAUGAAAGUCUGAGGUUCUGCAGUUCGGUGAUAGCUUACUGCAUGUAUUUCUUCUAGCAAUUAUGGCUGAUUGAGGGUGCUGAUCUUUGACCUGGUAUUCAAACUGGCCUACAGAAAGUGCCAAGUAUAAAAGGAGAUUCAUGUCUUCAACAGAUGAAUUGUUUAUAUACAUGUAUAUGUGACUGACUUCCUCAGAAAAUGUUAAGAGGUGGACUGUCAGCUGCUGCCAUCUACACUUUAUUGGUGUAACUAAUCCAGUUGGAUGCUGUACCCUGCUGCCAUCUAUUUCAUUAAUCAAUUAGGGGCCUAGCCUCGAAACCAAAUAUCAAGAUAUUUUUUGUUUAGUUCUUACUUGCUGUCAAUUUCCAACCCAAAAAUUACGUGAUCAUGUCUUUAAUUAUAUGAAAUAAAGUGUGAAGUGAUAUGAGAGUCAUUUUCCUCUGGUAUUUGUGUAUUAGGCCUAUUUUUCAACUCGGUCAUAGCACAAUCAUGGGUUAGAGAUUAUCACUAAAUAUCAGAAAAGCUGAAGCUCGUGAGAAAGUAGCUGUCAAUUUCACCAAUGUUUUCGUAAUUUCAAGGAUAUUCUGUGCGAAAUAAGCAGUAUGCUUCGCAAGAGAAACAAUACAAAAUCAGGCAAGAAAGAUGAUAUUGUGGAAUAUACCUGCACGAUCAGAUUUCUGGAUGAUUCUGAUCCUAUGCAGGUCACUUUCCAGAAAGAGACAAAAGGGCAGUGGCUCUUGGACUAUAUCUGCAAGGAGCUAAAUCUGGUAGAAAAGGACUACUUCGGCCUCAGAUAUAUUGACGCGGACAAACAAAGGAGUGGAGUCCUGCCUGACGCUAUAGGCCCUUCCCAGACCGAAUGGACCAGGGGCCACAGUCAUUGGUUAGAUCCGGUCAAGUCAGUCUAUAAACAGCUGAAAAAUGUCAACCCAAUGGUGCUGUGUUUCAGGGUCAAGUUCUACCCUCCAGAUCCCAUGCAGUUAAAAGAAGAAAUAACAAGAUAUUUUCUCUUUCUCCAAUUGCGACGGGAUCUUCACCAUGGCCGAUUGUUGUGCUCUCAGUCAGAAGCCAAUCAGCUCGCAGCGUAUAUCAUCCAGUCUGAAGUGGGUGAUUACGAUCCAGUGGACCAUCCCCCUGGUUAUGUGGGGAACUUCAAUAUGCUGCCAAAACAGACACCAAAAAUGGAAGACCGGAUAGCAGAGAUUCACAAGACGUUAAGUGGUCAAGUGCCAUCGGAGGCUGAGGCCAGCUUCUUAAAAAAGGCAUCAACAAUGGAUACGUAUGGUGUCGACCCAUACCAAGUCAAGGUAGGUCAUGCGAAGGACCAAAAGAGUAACCAACUCUACCUUGGGGUCACUCAUCUCGGUAUUGUUACAUUCCAAGGCAACAAGAGAACACAUCUUUUUAGAUGGUCUCAGGUCAACAAAAUUGCAUUCGAGGGAAAGAUGUUUAUUGUCCAUAUCACUGUGCAAGAGGCAUUACCUUUGUCACGGUUUAUCCUUACCUCCAUACCUUCGAUAUCCUCCUUGCCCCAAGACGCCACUGAUAUACACCAACAAACAAAGGGCGAAGACGUGUCUCUUUUUGUUAAGAAACACUCAACAUUCAUGAGGCGGGCUCCCCAUCUCCAUCAGCCAACAGAACGAGACAACAAGUGCAAAACUAGUAUAGAAACGAGCACUUCAGAUCCACCGCCUCUUCCAAUGCCUGAGCCGGGCCUUUUUCGAUGUGUCAGUGCAUCAACGAAAAAGCAUGCCUGUGGAUUCAAGUGCCAAUCAUAUGCUGCCUGUCGCCAGCUAUGGAGGAUAGCUGUAGAGCAGCAAGCAUUCUUCACCCUGAACAAGUCUGGAGAUGCCCCCAAACUCUCAUCCGGUGGCAGCUUCUUCACACGAGGGGCCAAGUUCCGCUUCAGCGGCCGAUGUCAGAGAGAGGUGAUCGCUGAGAGCAAGAACAUUCUCAGGGAGCCACCUUCAUUCAUUCGUCAACUGAGCGCCUCAGAAGGGACACUGUCUAAUCCCAAGUUCACGAGAACAUUCAAGAAGUCUGCCACACUGCCUACACGCAUAUCACGUGAGCUUCUUAUUGAUCAUGGUUAUGAAACGAUGAAGCCUGUAAAUCAUGCUCCAAACACAUCGACCCCCAUGAAAGAGAGUCAGCUCGUUGAGUUUGUCAUUCCAGAAGAUAAUUCCAUGGCGGUCAGUUCACCGCCGCAGGGUGACAUCCAGGUGAGGCCGAGGCUGACGGAAAUUGUUCCAGAACUUGACCAAGAAAUGAACACGACGACGGACGUUGGGUCACCGACUAUAGAGCGAGAGGCUCCGUUAGCAGAAGAGGAGGAUCUCGAUGAGCAUUGUGAGGAGUCGGUGAUUGUAAAAGACGAGGCGGAGCCGACAGAACAGGUGAAUUUGGAUGCUCAGAUCGAGAUGCUGCAGAAAGAGUUACAGCAGGCCAAGAUGAAUAACGUCAACCACAUGGAGGUCAAGGAAGAGAAACCCGUCACGAAUGAUUGCAAGUCGAACGGGAAAGCCCAUCAUGUGGUAGAUGAUGCGGUGGCGUUACCAGUGCGGCGAAAUAGAUGUCUGAAAGUUAUGGUUCCUCUGCUGAUUUCAUUUGGGACAAUGGCUGUGGUGGUCAUCGUCAUGGUGGUGUUACUCUUUGAGUUGAAGACGGACAGUGCGGCGGUGCUUGGGGUGCGUCGCAACGCUCACAUACAGGAGUUCCAUCAUCAUGUCUACAGUCCAGUCCGCAAUCUCUUCUCCAAGGCGUUGAAGUAAACAUUCUUCUCUUAGUUUUCUUUGUACUUUUUGGUUUACUUGGCUCGCCUUGAGUAGGAAAGUGUUCCUUCUGUUGAAUAGGUCAAAAUUGCGGAAGGAUAACUUGUGGUAUAGGCCGCAUGACUUCUGAUCUCUUUAAUCUGAUGACGAGGUAUCUCAAAGCGAUAAAAAAGUCAACCUUGCAAGCCAUUUCUAAGGCUAUUGUGCACACACCAGAAGAGAGUGAUUUGUGAAUUUGACUCUUAUCUGUACUUCGAGAAAUUCUCUCAUUUCUUUCUUUCAAUGGUUCACAUAUCUCCAAAAUAACAGUUCCUCGUAAUUGCCAGCUUUCCUGUGAAUAAAGUGCCAGUAAACAUAAGAAAACCUGGAGCACAUGGACAUGUGCAUAUAAAUUUUUCUUUAACAACUUACCUGUCUACGGCACUGUUUUGUGAUAUCACAUAUCUAUUUAUUACAGUAACCUUUAAUAAAAUUAAAGAUGGCACAACCAUUCACAUUCAUGCGUGUGCAGUUGGCAUAUUGUAUAGGCUUUUGGUGGAUAAGCUAUAUGUUGCCUUCAUGCUAGAGAGCACGGGUUUUGGUGGCUUUAAGUAAGGUAACAGGAAUUUAGUUGCUGCUUUGUAGAGCACUCGGUUGUAUGCUUUUUUGCUAAUCAGGUUGUAUGGAAGCAGAGGUCGUAUGCUUAUUAUGUGAGGCAUACUGUAAACUAUUGUCCAUUUCACGAAAUAAUGGCACCCGACUUCGCACAGAAAAUGAAAUACUUGAACAAAAUGUUAUGUGUCAUGUGAAACUUUGAAAUCCAAUGUAUAUAGUAUUACCUUCUUUGCCAGAAUAGGGCAAAGCAUGGACAAGAACGAUCCUUUUGAAGUGAAAUACUGACAAAUCUUUCCAGCCAUUUUAAGCUUGUAUUGCAUGUGGUGCUGUUUUUUCGUGAAACGAGUGUAGAUAGUAAUAUGUUCAGAGACAAAGUGUAACUUUCUAUCUCUACUUUACUCAUAAUCUGAGUUAUAGUUUCCAUCCAAAUUACUGCGCUCAUUUCUUUGGUAGUUCCUGCUUCUGACAGUAAGAUGGAAAAUAUAAAUUUUUCAUCUAAUCUUCUAAUUUUUCGGACAAAUUUAGAACAAUGAAUUCCUGAUCGCAUCAAAUGUAUCUGGAGUACCAAAAUGAAACCAAAUCAAGGAAUGGAUCACAAAUUAUUUUAAAGAUAUGUUUAAGAUUCAGUCAGUUUGUGUUUUAAAAUGUACUAUUUUGUGUUCCUGUUAUCAUGAUGACCCGAGGUCAUGUGUUCAUAUAUUGUCAGUAGCAUUGUCAUAGCUUUAAAAGUAGCUUCUUUUCAAAACGUCUUUUCGAGCGUGCUAUCUUCAUUCCUCUUGUUUCAAUGAUAUAAAUUAUUAUUAAGAAUAAUAUUAUUCUGGUGUAAGCUUUAGAGGUUGCUUACUCUUUGUGUAUAUAGGGUUGGGAACACAGCGAUGUAUAAA